CACCGAGCCAUCUUUGUCCAGCUAAUCCAGGCGCUGUUUAUUACACCUUCAUUACUGUAGGGACAGCACAGCGCCAGGCUCUUAUUAUAGCCUGCAGGUGCCACAUCCAAGUAGAAAUAGGAAGAAAGGGGCUUUUGAAGCGACGCUUCAUAUCUGUGCUGGACAGUGCUCCUCCUUGAUUCAGCAAACGCGACAAUAACCAGCGGAAGGAGCCAGAGGCUAGAGAGGAGCGCACCAUCCACAUCCAGGCAAUCCACAUCCAUCUGCCAGGCUCUAGGGACGCGCUAACGUUUCCAGUCCGGAUUUCACCACAGCUCUUCACCCACUCCAACCAAGAACAUGUCUGCCCCAGCUUCAGGUGCCCCUGCCCCAGAGGGAGGGAAUCAGCCCCCUCCAAACCUCACCAGCAACCGCCGUCUGCAGCAGACACAGGCGCAGGUGGAUGAGGUGGUGGAUAUCAUGCGUGUAAACGUGGACAAGGUUCUGGAGCGUGAUUCUAAGCUGUCAGAACUAGACGACCGGGCUGACGCGCUGCAGGCCGGAGCUUCCCAGUUUGAGACCAGUGCUGCCAAACUCAAGAAUAAAUACUGGUGGAAAAAUGCUAAGAUGAUGAUUAUCCUGGGUGUGAUAUGUGUGAUUAUCCUCAUCGUCAUUAUUGUGUAUUUCAGCACCUAAGAAGGGACACUCCUACCCCAGUCUAAUUCAACGUCCUUGCUACAGAAAAGCCCUCAAAUUGAUGACAAAAAGAUCACUGAUAGUAGAGCUCUGAUUCUCUCCCUUCUAUAGUCUCAAUAUAUUUCCACCCUCACACCCCUCAGGGCCCCAUGGCUCCCCCACGCCCAUCACCUCGCUUUGGCCCCUGCCCACACCUGUCUCUGUGACCCUGUCUCUGGGUCCUCUUGGCUUUUCCAGCUGGCCAUACCAACUGAGAACCAAACACUUGUGACAGCGGGAAAGGAAACAAUUGGCUAGAAUUGUUACAUACCUGAUAUUAUGUAGUUCUUUGUAGACUUUGAUUCUGAUAUAUACUGUUUUUGUAGGUGAGUGUGCGGUGUGUGUGCAUUUUGUAAGUUUGAUUUUUUUGUAUUCAUUUUAUGUAUGCUUCAGCAUUAACUACUGCCUAUUAUUCAAAGUGUGUAACUUGCAUGUUCCCAUCAUCUGUCCUUCCCUGGCUUACUCGGUUUUCAAUGUUGUUGCAUAGUUUAUCUCUGGAGACACAGUCACUAACACUCCCCCUAUUGUGCUUUGACACGACCAUUUUGGUGCAAUCUUGCUGAUUUCUAGGGAGAAUCCCCUCUCUCAGAUGAUCUUGAAUACUGCAUGCAUCUUUACAUGCAUCUCUAGUUGUGACAAGUCACAGUCCCUUAAGUCCUAUUCAGGUAUACUUUUACUGUUGCUCCUCAGACUUCCUCUUAGCAUGCUUAAACACCUCAGUAACUUUAAAUGAUUUUGAAACUGCCAUAGUACAGUCGGACCAAUGUCUGUAGAUGUUUCUUUUGUUGAAAUGUUUCGUAGUGUCUUAUUUCGAGAACAUUCCUUCAUUGCAGUUUAGUGCAAAUGCUCUUACUGUAGCACAUGUAAUUGUAAGUAUCUUAUGUGUCGAAAAAUGUUGGUCAUAACCACAUAGUGAGACUAAAAUAUCUAUACAUAGGUCUAAGUUAGAAUAGGGGGUUUCAGUCCAAAAUAGGUUUAUUUUUUAGACACAAGUGUAUACUGUGGCAAUGUCAAUGUGGACUUUGGCUUGAAAAUAGUAAAGGGUAUUUACUUUUAUUUUUUCACAAGCCUUCAUUGACUCAAAAGCCUUAGUAUCCAGUUACUACAAUACUUAACAUGAUCAGACUCUCGCACCACUUUGUGUGAGGGGUGGUAGCUGACUCCAGGCGAGGAAAUCUCAAAUGCACAAACUACCUUGUUUUUGAUGGCGCUCUCUGGCUGGUCAUUCCAUAAGAGCACAGAUACAAACUAUUCAGCCUUAUUUGCAAAACCAGGAAUAACUUUAGACAAUUAUGUGCUGGCUGGGGUUUAAGUUAAACUCAGUUCACCUUAAAGAGUAGCAUUCUCUCUCACCUUCUAGUUAAGGCCUUUUUUUCUUUUUUAAACAAUAGAAUAUAUAUUUUAUGAUAGUAUAUUUUUGUGUCAAACAGGCAGGUAAAAAGGAAAAUUCUUUUCUACCUGCCUGUGUCGUUUUAUAUAAUAUCGCUGUAAGCGUUGUACACUGCCAAGCAUUAAGGGAGAGGCUUUCGUUUGUUUCAUAGGUGCCCUAAACAACUGCUAGUAAUUAUGACAAGCUAACGUAGCCUUUUAACUCCCCACCAGCUCCAUAGACCAGCCCACUCCCCUUGUGCAUUGAUCUAGACUCUUAGGCGUGUUUGUGUGUGUGUUAGAAUAGCCCUGUCUCGGGGAAUAUCCCUAGUUGAUCCCAGCAGAUUAGACCGCUUAAAUCUUUCGAGUGAAGGCCUCUUGGUUGUUUCCUUUGACCAAUGUGAGCAGAGGGAGAGGUGUUUUAGUUCUUACCUUUAUAACAACUCCCCCACUUUCCCACUUCCAGACUAAAAAGAUUACCAAAGACCAGAUACUUUGCUUAUGCUGCCAAUUGCCAUCAAAAACAAGUGAGGAAGAAAGUACAGGUUGUUCAAAUGACCCUAAAUAGAUUAACCCUUGUAUCUUUGAGGACCUUACCAUAUGUGAGUGUGCCAUUUGAAUAUAUGCAAUUUAACCAAAUCAUUGUGAAGAGCAUGCUUUGACAACCCAAAAUAAUGCCCUCAUAACCCAAUGUGAAGCAACCCAGGUCUGAAGAUCGUCUUUUUCGACACAUUAAUAGCACAACUCUUUAUUUCUCUGUCUUCAUAGUGCUGCCAACUUUAACUAGAUAAAUGCUUCAAAAGCUGCAUUGUUUGGUGUUGUAAUAUGGGGGUGUUUUGGGGGUAGGGGGUCCUAUAUCCUCAGAUUAAGAUUUUAAAAAAAUAUUUAUCAAAAUAUAUGUAAAAAUUAAUAAAUGUAAAUUGGGAUUUAUUGCAAUACAAAGUCAUGACAGGGUUACCUGUUUAGCCAUCCUUGCUAACGAUGCACUGAAGUGACACAACACUAAUGAUUGGGGUAGGACUUCUAUGAUUUUCCCAUAAUUCCACUUGUCCUGUGAGUGCUCAGCCAACAAUGGUGAACCUGAAAGUGAGUGCUCUUUUGUUUUUUUUCGGUUCAGUUGCUUUCUUGUCUGUAUGGAAAAGUGUGCAUAUGUGUAACCGUGGCACAUUUUGUUGUUGGGUUUUGUUGUUGUUUUGAUGGAAUGGGAUAAAUAUGGAUGGAGAAUAUUGUCUUAUGUCAACCUUGAGAAAUGUUCAGGGAUCUCAACUUGGCUGUGUUCAAAUCAUUUGAUGGUUUCCCAAUUCAACUACAGUGUGUAUUUGGAUUCAAAAAGCCAGACUAUCAGACACUACAAUCCUAUGUUGCCACCAAAUGGUUCGGACACAGUUAUCAGGAGGGACCCUAUUGAAUCUCUGAAUGUUUUGUUGGAGGACUAAAGCUACAAAUGAUUCUACUUGUUUCAUUUUGAACCAAAUAUUUGUAUUUUUCAUUUUGCAUCAAUUUUGUAAUAACUCCAGAUGUCACUGAAAUGUUUGUGUGUAAGCACUGACAGAUAAAAAGAACGGAAGUCUAUAGGAAAAAAGUAUUCUAAACCUAAUUUCCAAGAAAGCGUACAAAUUUUAUGGUUUACAACAGAAAGUUGUUUGUAUCUUACAAGAUUUUGUUUUUUUCUUUCUUGUUUAUUUAAAGUGUUUAUUUUUUUAGGAUAAAUUUUGAUUCUUUUGUGGGAUAGGAUUUUAUUUUUUUGUUUAGAAGAAAAUAUACUAUUGCCUCUGUUUGUCUGGCCUUUUGGAGGGACAAGGCUGGACCCUCAUGGGCAAUGUACACAUAGUAUUUUUGAUUUCUUGUUUUUAUUUGAUAGAUUUAUUGCGUUGUUGUCCAGUUUGGGAUUAGAAUCUACACAAGGUUGAGUCUAUUAAAGGAGGGAAGUUGAAUGAAAAACUGAAGUACAUAAAAUAAUUGUAGUGUAAAAAUCUAUCAAUGUCUUAUUAUAUUGAUGAACAUCAUGAAAUAUAUGUAUAUUGGAAAACGGUA